AUUGUAAGCUGAAUUUAUCCCUAGUGUAAUCAAACAAUGCGAGUCAAGAUAGAAAAGACUCAUGAGGCAAGCAAUCAAGAUUUCCAUAAAAAGAAACUCAGAACUCUUUCUCUCUUUUAUCCUUUUUUUCUCCUCGUAGAACUUUGAGAGAGAUAAUUUGUCGAAGAUCAUCCACACAGUCACAGAGAGAGAGAGAGAGAUGAAAGGAAUGGAUGUGAGAAAAAUAGUGGUGGUAGUAGAAGAUGUAGAGGCAGCAAGAACAGCUCUUAAAUGGGCUCUUCACAAUCUCCUUCGUUCUGGAGAUUUUCUAACUCUUCUUCAUGUCUUUUCAUCUUCCUCCAAUUCAAGCAGCAUGGAGAAGUUGAGGCUGCUUCGUCUCAAUGGCUUCCAGUUGGCUCUCUCCUUCAAAGAUAUAUGUAACAACAGCUUCUUUAAUACGAAUGUUGAAAUUAUAGUAACAAAAGGGGAUCAAGAAGGAGGGACAAUUGCAGCUUUGGUGAGAGAGAUGGGUGCCUUUGCUCUUGUUGUUGGACUCCAUCAUCAGAGCUUUCUCUACAAGUUGGCAAUGGCCCACAGCAAUAUAACAAGCAAAUUCAAUUGCAAAGUAUUAGCCAUCAAAGAACCAGCUGCAAGGCCAGCUCGGAGGACCAGGGCAAUGCCUCUACCAGUCGACAGCUCAACCAGUAUGGACUUUUCACAGAUCGAGAUUGCUACAUUAGAGGUCCCCGAUACGCCUCCACCUAAAGUUCCAUAUACAAUCUGUCCAAACCCAUAUGCAGUUAUUUGGAAAUGGAGGAAGUCAAGGAGGAAGAGAACCUCAUAAAGGAUGACCCAGUUUGAUAUAAUCUCAAUCACAGUUUCAGCUAAUCUUAGCUACAGCCAACAGCAAAUUUCGAACACGACAAGGGCUUCAGUUUCUGGCUCUUCAGACUUGUCUCACACAGCACAUGUCUCGGAAUCUGGACUUGUUUCGCACAUCACACCUCAAUAUACGGAUCAACAGUUGAAUUUACAGCAAAAAUUUUGAAAGAUUUUAUCUUGUCAUGGUCUUGAAGCAGCUUUCAGCAAUCAUUUCCUUCUCAAAGCUAGGUUAGUACGAUUAGCAAACUCGGAAAGCCUAUGAUUUGCCUGUGAUGUAAGAGUAGGAACUAUAGAGCCAUGACAAUUCGCAGUAAACCAAACCACAUGUAUAGUAAUGAAGUUGCCAAGUGUUAAUCUCAUAACCAAAUGAUCAAAAAGAGUAAAAAAAUUGUUGCAAUGAAGCAGUGAUUGAUAUUUA